GCCAGGAAGCGGGCCAUCUGCGUCCCCAGACCACCCCCGCCAGCAGCCCGAGGACACAGUGUCCACUCUGCUUGCCGGGCGCCGGCCAUAGGAGGGACGCGGGCGACGCGCGGGGGUGACUGCGGCCGGCGCCCCGGCCUGUCGCCGCGCAGGGGCGUAACCAUCACCACUGAGGCCCAGCCUUUGCUACAGCUUGAACCACAUCUUAGAAACGAGAUGGCGGUAGAGAGACUGGUGCAUUCCUGAGCCCAUGAGGGGUGAGGCCCCUGCAGGCCCAAAGAUGGGGAACAUCACUGCAGACAACGGUUCACUGAGCUGUGCCAUCGACCACACCAUCCACCAGACGCUGGCGCCGGUGGUGUACGUCACGGUGCUGGUGGUGGGCUUCCCAGCCAACUGUCUGUCCCUCUACUUCGGCUACCUGCAGAUCAAGGCCCGGAACGAGCUGGGCGUGUACCUGUGCAACCUGACGGUGGCUGACCUCUUCUACAUCUGCUCCCUCCCCUUCUGGCUGCAGUACGUGCUGCAGCACGACCACUGGUCCCACGGCGACCUGUCCUGCCAGGUGUGUGGCAUCCUCCUCUACGAGAACAUCUACAUCAGCGUGGGCUUCCUCUGCUGCAUCUCCAUCGACCGCUACCUGGCUGUGGCCCAUCCUUUCCGCUUCCACCAGUUCCGCACCCUGAAGGCCGCCGUGGGUGUCAGCGUGUUCAUCUGGGCCAAGGAGAUGCUGACCAGCAUCUACUUUCUCGUGCACGAAGAGGUGGUGGAGGACAGAGACCAGCACCGCGUCUGCUUCGAGCACUACCCGCUGGAGUCGCGGCAGCGUGGCAUCAACUACUACCGCUUCCUGGUGGGCUUCCUCUUCCCCAUCUGCCUGCUGCUGGCCUCGUACCAGGGCAUCCUGCGGGCCGUGCGCCGCAGCCAUGGCACCCAGAAGAGCCGCAAGGACCAGAUCCAGCGGCUGGUGCUUAGCACCGUGAUCAUCUUCCUGGCCUGCUUCCUGCCCUACCACGUGCUGCUGCUCGUGCGCAGCCUCUGGGAGUCCAGCUGCGACUUCGCCAAGGGCAUCUUCAACGCCUACCACUUCUCCCUGCUCCUCACCAGCUUCAACUGCGUGGCCGACCCCGUGCUCUACUGCUUCGUCAGCGAGACCACGCACAGGGACCUGGCCCGCCUCCGCGGGACCUGCCUGGCCUUCCUCACCUGUGCCAGGACCGGCCGGGCCCGGGAGGCCUACCCGCUGGGCACCCCCGAGCCCUCGGGGAAGAGCGAGGAGCCCGACGUGCUGACGAAGCUCCAUCCGGCCUUCCAGACCUCUCACCCGCCCGGAGUGGGAGGGUCCCCAGCCGGCGGGCUGGCCUAGCCGGGUCACCCCAUCACCCAUGUGUGGGGGGAGGGGAGGCCUGAGAUUGCUCGACGGCUGCCGCCCCCUUGGCCAAGGCAGGUGCCUCUUGCUGCUGGAGGGGAUGAUGGGCUUGGGCCACGGGCCCCUGGGUCUGGGCCGCAGCACAGCCUCUGUGGUUCCAGGGAGACUGCUGUGGCUGCCAGGUCUGCCAGAACUGCUUGCUGAGUGUGGGGAUAAGCCCUGACAGCACAUGAGGGUCAUCUGCUGCCAGCUGGGUGGCUGAUGGGAGGAAGACCUGGUCACCUCCAGGAGGUUUUCAAAGAGAAGCUCGGGUGGAGGGGUGCAGAGUGUGAGGACAUGGAGAGGGGGGCCUGGGAGAUCACAGCUGCCAGGGCCUUCUAGUGUCACAGAUGACACCUGUCCAAAUGCACUGGUGUAAUCUGAGGAGGUGACACACGAAGGUGUAUUGUCACCAUUAACACUUGAGCCUCACCACAUGAAGGGGUGGGAAGGAAGAUGAGUGGGGCCAGGAGGCUGGAUGGGGAAAAGGAAUGUAGGGAGGUGUUUGGGGCACUGGGAUUGUGUUGCAGGGGGGACCGUGGGGGAGUGGCAGGCAGAGGAGAGACCCGAGAUCCAGCCAAGCCACAGUUUUACAGGCAGGGAGAGUUGAGCAGAUUCCCCAGCCCCAGGGUUGAUGGAAAACAAAUCCUAGGGCUCUGUGGGAGCUCUGUGGGGCGAUAUCUGUGGUCCUUUAAAGUCAGCACUGAAGUUCAAGUGUCAGGACAGAGGCCUGAAGCAGUGUGUCCAAAUGAGUUCCCUACACAGAUUUGUCUCAAUACAUCUUCUGUUUCUAUCUGCCCUGAAGCACCAGACCCAGAAGCCUGGGACUGUGUGUGUGUGUGUGUGUGUGUGUGUGUGUGUGUGUGUGUCCAUGGUUAAAAUGACAGGGUCUCCAUGACAGCUCUGCCCCAAGCCACUGAAGCUAGGGUCAUGUGACUGUUGGCGGUGUCCCCUGCCACACACAGACUGGAGUGCCUAGCAGUCUCAGAGAGGAGCAUGACAUUCUCCCCAGGUUCUUAGAUAGAACUAAAUAAGUAACACAUCUCUGUCAUCUCUCAGCCGAAAGCUCCACUGUGGUGAAGCUCCACUGUGGUUUAGGAGAGGAGAGGAGGGGACCCUGGUCACCUUGCCUCCUUGGUCCUCCAGCACUGCUCCUCUGCCAGAUGUCCCAGUCCACCCACCUGGAGAAUGACGGUGGGCCCGUGGGCCACGUGCAGCCCAGGGUACUGACCACCGUCUCUUGUUCUGUCCUGGAAGACUGGUUACAGGGCUCAUCUCUCCUGCAACUUCGUGCCCAGUCAUGUUAGGCCCCUAUUUGGGGAACAUACCACGGACCAGAAGAGCUUCUUGCUGCUCCAGGGACAUGCCCACCUUUGUAGAAAUGCUAACCCUUCAGGUUUCCUGGUCAGUGGGCUGGAGCCAGUUCUGACUUCCCUCAAAGAGCUGGGAUUUGAGCUCUUGCAGCCAAGGGGCUAGGUGGGCUCAAGCCUGGGGAAGGACCAGGGAUGGGAAGAUAGAAACUGGCAUCAGUAGAACAUUUCUGGAAUCUGCUAAAGGAAGGGCCAGGGAGAAUGUCUUCUUCAAUCUCUCUUUAUGUCUCCCCUCCCCUCGCCCAGAGGUAGAGUCAUUCUGAGCUUCUUAACCCUCCCAUCAGAGGUGUCCAGAGGCAGAUAGUCCAGGGUGGAUGUGCCCUAAGGAAGUGGGGUUCCAGGGCUACACUUGAUUUUAGCUGGGCAGCCCCUGCCCCAGCUCAUUCUGGAGGGUCUUCCAUAGCCUGGGGAGGUUCUCUUCCCCAUCAUGGAGAAGGAAGUGACCAGGUCUGAAGGUUGCAGAAAUGGCCAUACGGCUAAGAAAGCCCACCCAGCCCCAGCCCAGGAUCUUAUGGGGACAAUGGCACUGGUUGAGCCCUCCAUGCUUCCUUAUUCCAAAUUUCCUCCUAUUUUGAUCUUAAACAUGGGCAUUCCCACUGGGAUAAACUGGCAUGAGCUGAGGGCAGUUCCAUUUACUAUCAAGAGUUGUAUUUUUGUAUUGUCCUCUCUUUUAUGCCAAGUAUACGUGUGUUGGACCAUGCAAUGGAUUUAUGUAGCAAACUUGAGCCUGCAAAUAAAGCAAAGUAACCA